CGGCCGGGGUGGCGGGAGGAAAGGGUGGGGUCGAGCGGGGCGCCUAGGGCUCCGUGGAAGAGCGCGGCGGCCCCAGCCUGAGCUGCUGAUUCAUCAGGUGUCUGUGUCAACGCCUCCCAGGCGCGGGGUCCUCGGCUGGCUAGGGGGAGGAAGCGGCACGUGGGGGGGGGGUGGCUGGGAAGACCCUGCCCGCUCCGGCUUCGCUCCGUCACACGCUUGCCAGAGCCCAGAAGGAGACUUGCUGAGUCAUCAGCAUGAGGUCACUCGAUGCUCGUCCUGAUGCCUGGGGGGAUUAGAGCUAGGGGCCUGAGAGGCCGGGAAACAGGGGUAAGAGGGAAACCGUGGGGAGUGAGAAGGGGCCAGGCCCUGGGCUGGGGCGCCUGCUUAAGUUUGGGCUGAUGUGGGAGUUUAGGGUAGGGUGGGUGAGGAGUAAAUGGAGAGGUCGCGGUGCAAGUUAUCCCGGGGUAGAGGGUGAAGCCCCUGGCCUGUUCAUCCCCUCCCAGGCAGGCUCUUCUCAGGCUGCUGGUCCCUGACCCGCCUCUGGGACAGCUCCCCAAACUGGGAAAUAGUUGUGAGUGAGAAGAGGGGAGGAGCUUAGGGGGGCCGUGCUUGCGGGCUGGGAAGUAGGCUUUCCCUAUGACUGGUCUGUUUGGCCAGGCUGGAAAGUCUCCCGGUGGGAAGAGACCGAGGCAGUGGGUGAAGGAGGGAUGCCUGUACUAGAGUCCUGGGUGACAGUGGACAGGGCAGAGGGCGAGUAGGCGCAGCUCUAUCAGGAAAUUGUAAAUGAGAGGAGGCAGCAGGACUUAGACUCUGAUCAGGGGAGCGAGGUGUCUGGUGAGCAGGCUGUGGCUCUCUUCGCAGCCUGGCCUUGGGGUCCGGGUUGAGGCUGUGGGUGGUGGUAACUUUGAGGGCGCCCAGCAGGUGGACUGGUGUGGAUGGCAUGGGUUGAAGAAUCCCAAUCACCCCAAAGUUGUUCCACUUGAGGUUGGGGCGCAGUAUUGUGCAGGUUAGCAAAGAACGUGGCCCUGAUGGGUGUCAGGCCAGGUGGUAGGGACUCCUGGGGAGUGACAGCCUCAGGGUGGUGUGGCUUGAGCCACUUUUCCUGGGUGUAUGAAUGGUUCCUGGUCUUCAGGGGUGGGGGAGUGUUUCGUCUAGACCAGAGCUGACCAUUCUUGCCCAUGCGUUCGUGGCUAGGUAAGGCUGACCUUGUAGUUUGUCCUCAGGCAUUCCCUGCCGCUGCCCUCUCCCCCAUCCCUGAGCUUAUAGAUGCCAGAUGUCUUAACACUUCAGCUGAUCUUUUGGCUGGAAUUUUAUGCCCCAGGAAAAUGCAGAUUCCUGGAGGGAUUUUUUUUCAGAUCUUCUCAGCUACUUAUGCUUUGGUGGAAAUUAAGUUUUAGACUUUUUUCAGAGGGCUUCUGGAGGAGGUGGGUCUAAAGGGCAGGGUGGGAGUGUAGCGGGCUAGGUGGGGGCUCCAGAGUGACCAAGGCCACACCUGCCUUGGCUUGGGAGGCUUGGCCACUGGGGUUUGCAGGACAGGAGAAGGAACAGGGGCGGGCUGGCCUCUUGUCUACUGUCCAUGCCCUGGAGUUUGGGCCCAGGGGAAGGGGAUGGAGUUCUUUCCCCUUUCCUGCUGGCUCUCACCUUGAGUGGGUGGCCCUGAGUACCUUGGUGGAUCAGUGCUCUUGGGACCACCCAUGCCUUCUCCACAAAAUGUGCUCAGCCUCAGGGGGAGCAGAGGCGGGAGGAGGGCUGAGGGUUCUUGAUCUAGUCUCUGGGAUCCCCUCCCUCUGGUUUCUAGAGGUGCCCUGAGCCAUCAGUCCUAGCCCAUGCCCAAAAGCUGUCUCUGUCCCAUCAGUGUGUGCCCCCAGGUAGUGGAGACAAGGCCGGGAGGCUGGAAACAUGGGCUGUGCUGAGACCCACCCCUCCCCCACCCGAGCACAAGCACACCUUUGAUUAGGAGGCGAUUGGCUUCACUUGUGCUGAGUUCAGGGCUUCUGUGGAGGGUGAAAUCUGCCGAGGAGGCACUUUUUAGCUCCCAGCCGCCACGCUCGGCACUUUUCUGUGUGAUCUCUUCAGGAAGUCACCGUGUGCUCAGCAUUCGUAGGGUGGAGGGAGGAUGGCGGGUGGGAAAAGCUGGUGCCAGGGCUUUUCCUUUGGACUGACAGUGGCAGGACCAGUGCAGUGACGCUGGACCUGGACCUGAGGUUGGGGGAGCUCCUCCAGCUCUGCCUUGAGGACUUGACUCCCAGGGUAGGCGUGGGGCCCUGAGGACCUUCUGGCCUCCAGCUCCUCUGCCCCAUCCUCUGCUCUGGAAGAACAUUGGGGCCGGAGCCUCGGGGCAUGGCUGUGGGGAGGCGUCUCUGGCCCCCUUGCCUGCAGCCUCGCAUCCUGAUGCAGGGCUGGGUGAGGAGGGGUCUCUACCCUGAGUGAGUGUUUGCCUCCACCUCGCCAGCCAUACUUUAGUGACCUGAUAGGGCUGAGAAGACCCCGCAGCCCCAAAUUGCCUGAGUGCUUGUAGCUUCUCCAGGAGGGCACCACAGUGCUUGUUAGGCCUCCAUUUACCUCCCUGCAUCUAACCUGGAAGGUCAUGGAGGGAGUGGGGGGGGGCAGAGGGGGUCCAGCUGAGCCAGGAAUCCCAGGACUAGGUGGGUAAAAAUGUCCUUGGCAGGGCUGCGGAAAAGAUGACCAAGUGGGUGGGAGGGUGGCCUCUGGUUUUUGUUCCUUGCCCUGUGGGUGCGGACCCUGAGCAGGGAGCCAGAGAGUAGUCAGUGGCCAGAGAGGGCUGAGCAGGCCGCUGGGGGUCGAUUGUGGGCACUCUUGUGAAAUACCCUGGAUAGGGUGGGGCAGAGUACAAAAGGCUGCAACCCAAAGCCACAGGAUGGUUACUCCAUCAGCAGCAGAGGUGGACAGAGAGGGCCAAGGGGCCUGGGGCCCGGCUUCUCCGGCUGGAGUGUCUGCCACCAGUAGGUUUGGGGAACUCCCACCAGUGUUAAAGACAGAGUCAGAGCUGGUUGGACAGCUCCGUUUGCUGUUCUUCAAAGUGAGCAGUCUGGGAGAAUUGGCGCUCUCCUGCAUCCUCUCCUCUGCCCGAGUCCCCAGUGGGGACACCCAGUGAGCCUUCAUGGGAGCAGGGCUUUGCCCCAGGCCAGCUUAGGGGAGGUAGAGCCCUAGAGUACACACUCACAGGGGCGCUGGCGGUGGCCCUCACCUGCUGUUGGCCAGGCUGGCCUUCGUUGCCCCAGCAGCUUGCUGCUGCCCGUCCCCUGGAGCUGUGUUGGCUGGCGGCCUUGGGGAGUGCCAGGCUGGUGAGAGAGCGGGAGCGAUGUGCUGAGUCAGCAUGACUCGCCAGGAACAGCCGUGCUCUGGGGCGCACUGGGGUUAUUUUUAAAGCUCCCGGCUUCCUUCUAGGCUGGCGCCUCCCUCAUCCUUCUAAUCUCUCCCCCGGCCCCUUUUCUUGCCUCUGCCUCCCUAAUAGCCCUUCAGUUCCCCUUCCCCCAUCAGACCCUCCUGGUCUCCCACCUGGUUCCCUAGGGGCAGGGGGACAGGGAGCAGCCCAGCUUGGGAGAGGCGAGGCUGAAGGGCGGUCCUUGAGGCCAGAGUGCCUGCUUGCUGUGCCCUCGGGUUAUGACGACCCCCAAUAAAGGAAACAAGGCCUUGAAGGUGAAGCGGGAGCCGGGAGAGAAUGGCACCAGCCUGACAGAUGAGGAGCUGGUGACCAUGUCAGUGCGGGAGCUGAACCAGCACCUGCGGGGCCUGUCCAAGGAGGAGAUCAUCCAGCUGAAGCAGCGCCGGCGCACGCUCAAGAACCGCGGCUAUGCCGCCAGCUGCCGCGUGAAGCGGGUGACCCAGAAGGAGGAGCUGGAGAAGCAGAAGGCAGAGCUGCAGCAGGAGGUGGAGAAGCUGGCCUCGGAGAACGCCAGCAUGAAGCUGGAGCUCGAUGCCCUGCGCUCCAAGUACGAGGCCCUGCAGAACUUCGCCAGGACCGUGGCCCGAAGCCCUGUGGCGCCAGCUCGGGGUCCCCUUGCUGCUGGCUUGGGGCCCCUCGUCCCUGGCAAGGUGGCCGCCACCAGCGUCAUCACGAUAGUAAAGUCCAAGACGGACGCCCGGUCGUAGGGAUGCGCUUGCCCAGGCGGGUCUGCAAGGGGCCAGUAGGCGCAUGGCAAAUUCAGCAGCCCUGUCCCCUUCUCCCUCCCUCCUCUUUCUCCUCUUCUCUUCUUUUCCUCCUCUCCUACCUCCUCCCUUCCCUGCAAAGCACAACCUGCACCCCAGGGGCACCAGGCUGAGCCCCUUUGAUCUCGUCGUUGUCAUCGUGUGUUUUGUACGUUGAGAUUGGUCAGUUUGGUGGUGACGUGGGGUUGCACCUGCCCCCUUUGUCCCACGAGCAGGUGGGCUUGGAGUCCAGAGUCGGCCUGUGGGAGUGGACAGAGAGAAGGAUUGACCGGGUGCUCUGGGGCACAUGUGUCCCUGAGCAGGGAGGGCUGCAGGGCAGGAGAGAGGCUGUUCUCCUUGCAGAAUGGCCCACAGGCUCUGACAGCCGCCAGGCUAGCGGGAGGCUGGGCAGUUCACUCUCAGCUCGGCCUGCAGGCGUAGAUAGGCACUGCUCUGCAGAGUAGGCUGUCCCUGAGGGCCCUGGACAGGUGGGCCACUGGUCUGGCGCUGGGGGGGAUGGGGUGUCGUGUGGCUGUGGGCCGGGGGCCUUGGCACUCACACCUGACGUGUUGCACUGAACAAGACCAAAUCACUGGUUGUGAGCGUACGUGAAGGGUGUGUCCAGUGUCCUGCGAUGGGUCCUGUGUCACUGUUUACAUGACCUAUUUGUGUGGUUACAUAGCCCUUUAUUUAAAAGAGAGAAGUUCCUUUUACGAAGUUAUUAAAUUAUAUGUUUAAAAGCUAAAGAAAAAAAAGCUGCAGAGUAUUUAUAAAACUGUCUUUUUAAAAAAAAAAAAAGCAAGAACAUUUGACCGUAUAAACAGAAAAGGGAAGAAAGUAUAAUAGAAACUUUGCUACUUUAAAAAAAGAAAAAAAAAUCCUUUCUUGUAAACUUACAGACAAGUCUUUGUGGCUGUUGAAGUUUAGUUUUUAUAUACACAGAGUUAUCAGACGUUAUUUAUAAAACUUAGUUAAAAAAAGACAAAAAAAAAAGCCAAGCCGUGAGCGACCAGAAGGCGCGUCCUGACGUCCUCUUUGCUAUCUCUUUUGCAAUUGUACCGAAAGUGACUUACUCCUUUGCCCUUCCUGCUUCCGUCUCUUGCCGGUGCCGUGGUGUUGUCUGUGCCUGGUGAGGUCUUGUGCAGCGUCACGUGCUGGUGCUUCUGGUGACCUUUGACCUGUGGGUGUCACUUCUUGUGUCUGUUCUCCCGUGUUUGUUUUUUGGAUUUGGUUGUGGUUUUGCUUCUGCUGGCUUGUCAGGCCUGGGCUGUAGUGCCAAGCUGCGCCUGCUCCAGUGGAGCUUGGGGUGUCUGUGUCUCCAGCCCAGCCUCUUCUGCUUUGGCACCCACCCCGAGCCCCCGGGGGGUCAGAUGCAGGGCUCUGCCACACCCCUCUGCUGACCCUUGGUUUCGCAUGUGUGUCUCAGGCUUGGGCUGAUCCAGUGGCAGGGUAGGUGAAACUGGGGGUCAUCCUGGGCCCCCCUCCCGCCCCCUCACUACUUCCUUGCCCACCAUCUCUGGCCCUGGAUGGGGGCUUGCAGGGACCACAAGGAGUCACUGUGGGUGCCCGCCAGGCCAGGGCCAAGCUGCCCCCGACUGUCUUCCUUCUGGCCUCCAGUCAAUGUGUUUGGGCUCCAGCCACCAAUCUGGGGUUUGUUCCGGUGGGUUUUGUGUGGGCCUCAGCAGGGGAACCCCAGGGGCCCGCAGCCCACUCAUCCCAGAACUGUUUCCAUGCUGCGGGACGGUGCUUCCCAGGCAGAACCAGGUGGUUUCGGGGCCCACCUGGGGCAGCCCCUUCUCCUUGCCUGAGGGCCUGGGGGUCUCCACCAGUGCCAGACAAGGGCUACGGUCUCCAGGGCCAGGUCCUGUCCCCCCUCUCCCCCUGAACAUGCUGGCAGCUCUUGGCUAUGGGCCUUCUUUCAACUCCCUUUGGGGUCUGUGUCUUCCAGGGAUCCACUGCUUGGCUUGUGGAGGUGCUUCCCCGGGGCUGAUCCCACCUCCCCGUCCUGGCCACUCAGUGAGGCAGUCAAGUCUCCCAGACUUGGCUCAGGCAGCUGCUCGUAGGCAUGUGAUGGGGCUGCCUGUGGUGCCUGCUCCCCAAGAGGCUACUGCCCUGGCUCUGGCCGUGUGGGGCUUGGCUACUCCUUGGAGUUGCUGGUUGGCUUCUCUGGGGGUCCUGAACCCCUGAAAAGGCACAGACAAGUGAGCUAAUGAAAAGAAAAACAAUGCGGCCAGGCAGGGUUUAACCUUGUGGACAGCAGAAUCUUCAUCCCAGAGUUUACAGUGUGCCUGUGGGAUAGGAGGGGGGAUGUGCUGUCAACUUCUGUUGUCUUGAUGGGCUGAUCUUGGCCCUAGAUAUUCAGAGACAUUCCUGGCUGUACCCAGGUUGGCCUGCAAUGGAGAUUUUGACCAUUGACUCUGAAUCACUUAGUGGCUUCCUUUGCCUGCCUGCAGUCUGGCUUUGUCUACCUAAGGUCCAGACGAGAGUAGUUGAUGUUUCUUGUAGCAGCAAGUUGGAAUCAUAUCAUAAGAAUCCCUAAAGAGAGAUCAUUCCCUGUCCUGGACAGGGGGAGGGACAGGCUCCCCAUGUCCAAGUACAGUUCCCACUUUUAUCCUGGCUGGGAGGUGGUCCUCCAUCUCUGUGCACCCCUGCCAUGCUGUAGACCUAGAGAGAGGAGGGUUUGAGGGUGAGCAUGUGCUGAACAGAAAUUGCAGGUCCUUGGUUUCGUUUACAGACGCUUCUGGAGUUAGUGAAGCUAUACUUCCUUUCGAGGUUUUUGGAUUUGGAGCAACUGUUCCUUGGGUCUGGGGGAGCAUCCUGCUCCCAUCAAGCCAGUCUCUCUGGGGCUGCUGUGCCCCUUCUCCCCUUCACUUUGGUUAUUGACAGUAGAUCCUGUGUCCACAUGUGACCAUUUGGCGUCUUUCUGAUUCUCGUUAAUUCGUUUUUCCUACUGUGAGCGUGUUGUGUUCUCUCUCCUCAACUUUUUGACACAGCGAAUUGAGGGCUUUGGCCGAGGCCAAGUCUCCCAAACUUGUCCGCUAAGUAAACCAUAAUGUGCACCUUCCUUCACACCUUGCCCUUGCCCACAUCCUCCCUAUCCCAACAUGGACACUCAGAUUUCAGAGGAGAACCCUUUGAGAACAGGUCAGCUCCUUCCCAGAGUAUGGCCCCAGGGAGCCCUCCCCAUGGCUCUUGGCUGCUGCUCCAGGUGGCACUGCGUUUGUGCAGGUGAGAAGUUGUGGCUGCUUUGUGGUGUGCUGGUUUGUGCCGGGUGCCAGGCCUCCCUGGAGGCUUUUCUACUCUUGGUCCAGGCUUCAGGUCUGGGCAUAACCCUGAUCAGCAGCAGCAGCCUUGAUGGUCGGUGGCUGGGCCCACGGCUCUGAUGAGCUGCAGCCUGCUUUGGGAUGGGUGGUCGAGCCCCAUCUUGUCCCUGCGACUUCCCUCUCUGGGGUGGCCGGUUGGCCAAAGCUUCCGUCCACAGCUGGGAAGCCACAGCCUGCAACACUGUUUCCGCUCUAGGAUCUUUUAAGUUACUUUUUUAGGCUGUGGUUUGGUGAAAGGAACCAACACAUUAACGAUUUUUUUUCCCCAGAAGCCACUGAAUAAUUCUUGCUGGCCGGUUUUCGCCUUCCUUUUGGCUGUCUGGUUUUGAAGCAGAUGGGAAGAGGCAGGGGUGUGCCCUCGAGACUGAUGGCUUGUCCUGCUCUGGCCUGUGUGUCCUGAGCAUGUGCUGUACCUGUUGGACCAGUCGCACACAUUUCCACCCCACUCUGCAGCAGCAGCCUUGGUACGUGGGUGUCCCUUCAGUCUGAGCUAGAGUGUAGGAGAGCUUGUCCCCGAUGACCUGUGAAGGGGGACCCCUCUAACAGCCUCAUGUCCCAGCCCCCCCCCUUCCCCACAUCCCCUCAAUCUGAAGCCUUUAACCAAACGGGAGUGGGUACAGAAAGCCUUCUCCUGGCAUCUUAGGGCAGCAGGACAAGGGCUGUCCAGUGUGUCCAGCUCUGCUGCUCUCCUGGCGCUGAGAGGUGGGCGGAGCAGAGUUGAUCAGACCCUGCGUGCCCUGCCUAGGGCUGAAGACAGGAGGUGGGGUGGGUACGCUGGGAUCUGCCGGGGCGGGCGGGGGUUGUUGAAGAUCCAGGUGGGGAGGGGCCCCACUGGAGCACUCUGGCUGACCUGGGUGGCGUCGGCCUCGCGCCCUCCCUACCCUGUGCAGUAUUUAUUGCUAAAUUAUUGUCCAGGAGGGGCGGCACUGGGCCGGGCCCCGGGUAUUUAUUGCUGUACAUAGUGUAUGUUUGUGAUAUAUAAGGUUUUCUUUAUUUUGUAUAUGAUCAAUAAACACCUUUUAAAGA